AUCCGAUUCUCGUAUCUAUCGUUCACUUUCGGCCACCAGAGACGACAUGCCGUUCAAGUCGUAUGAGUACGAGUCACUGCACCCGACGAGUACUGGCAUUGAACUCAACUAUAGAGGCCAGAGAGCCAUGUCUUCGUUGGGCACGUACUCUGACACUGAUUACGGACUCCGGGAGUCAGUCAUACCUAAUAUGAUGGACACUAAUGACAACAAUCUGUAUUUAGCGGCAAAUAUGUUAAGUCAAAGAGUGCGGCGACGAAGCGAAGGGUCGGCCGAAAUGAUGUCCCGAUUCGGGUACGGAUUGGAUCCGUACGGCAGGAGUUCGUCAAAGUAUUAUUACGACGACUUGACACAGAAGAGGCGGCGAUUGGGCGGCUCCAGAGGUGGGACCCGCUCUUGGAAUGCGUCCCCCUAUGUGUCCGAAGACGAGGCCGACGACCACUUGACCCGCGAGGAGAAGGCGGCCAAAGUCAGGGCCGAGAUUAAGCGCCGCCGGCAACAGAUGGCCGGCUCUGACCGCCUGUACAGGCAUUCAUUUGACGGAUCAGUUAAUCCGUACGACCGACAGAUGGACGAUAUCUACGGCCAAAGUGCUCUUAUAGACGACUAUUACAAUUACGGUCCAAAUGUACACCAAUUGCCUAAAGAUUACUAUAACGGAAGACUUAGGACUAAUUACUCGCAGCCAUCGCUUCAUUCAAUGCAUGGACCCGACCCCUAUAGCUACCAGAAUUACGAUCAGCGACACGACCCCCGACACGACCCCCGACACGAUCCUCGACUCGAGCCCAGACAUGACCCCCGACUCGAUCUUAGACACGACCCCCGACUCGACCCCAGACACGAUCCCCGACUAGUGGGUGACCCGAGACAAGUGAGUGACCCGCGGUUGGCGGCGGACAUGCGUUUGGCGAAUGUGAACACGAGUGGCGUUUACCGCCAGAAUCGUAACGUCAACCAAAGGGAUGCGGCGCUUCUCCGGCGCCCCAACUUCGCUCACCCGGACGUCGGCUCACUGUUGUCGGCCACGGAGUCGGACACUCCCAGCGAAUACAUGGACUCUAUGCUCACCACACCAGCGAUGCCUAUACUGCCCGAUAUGCCCACGAGAUCUCGUAAAUUACUUGAAGAUCUGGGCAGCACUUCCAUUAUGGGAGGGCCGGGAGGCGGAGGAGGAGGAGGUCAUCGGUCGGCAUAUUUAGACCACAAUAUGAUGAGAGGGUCGCCGAAGAAAACGCAAUUCGCACCGAACACAACGAAAUAUCCCAAAUACCCGUUUCCAGUAAAACGAAUACUUCUCACUCAAGAUCCAAAGAUACGGUCAGUUAGUGGUAAUGGACUUGGUUUAAAAGUGAUCGGCGGCCAAGAGAUACCGGGGAGUAAUAUGAUUGGCGCAUACAUUCAAAAAAUACAUCCAAGCCUUACAAUGAUGGGAGAGAUUAGAGAAGGUAUG